GUCAUUUCUGCCGGAGACGGAAUAGCCGGAGGCGGGCUGGGGGGGGCGAGAACGGUACCCAGGGCGGGUCAGUGGAAGGUCCCGGUGCCCGGGUCCCUGCUCGGGGAGCAGCGGUGCGCGGCCCGGGAUGCUGCCCGCGGUGGCGGUGGCGGUGGCCGUGGCCCUGGCCGUGGCCGUGGCCGUGGCCGUGGCGCUUCCCGCCGCCCCCGCGCUGCGGCACCGGCUGCUCCGUUCCGCGCUGCUCCGCGCCGCGGGCUGGACCCGGCGGCGGCUGGAGCUGCGGGGCAGCGAGGUGCGGCGGAGCCAGGAGCGGCGGCUGCGGCGGCUGCUGCCCCCCGGCACGGCCCGCGGCUCGGAUGCUUUCCGGGAGCGAUACCCCCUGGGGCAGAGCUGCCCUGAUGAGGUGCUGGGGGGACAGGUCUCCCCGCUGCGCCCCUGGACGCUGAUCUGCAGCUGCUGGGGUACCGACCCCCCUCUGCAGGGGUCCCUGCUCUACCUGGACAUCCUUCGCACCACUUUCCCGCAAGCGCUGGCUCCCCGGGGCACAGCACUGCUCUCCUGGGCACCCGCUUGCCCCCGCGCCCCGGCGGGCUGGCCCCUGCCCACCCUGUACUGCACCCCGGCCGAGGCAAGCGCCCUGCCCUCGCGGGCCGCCGCGCUGCGGGUGCAGCUGCUCUUCGCCCUGCGGAUGCGUGCCCUGCGGGUGCUGGAGGCCGGGCUGGCCAGCGAGCUGCAGGACGCGCUGCUGGCCCUGCGCACGGGCUGGCACGGGCUGGCACAGGACCUGGCACUGGGCAGGGUGAGCCCCCAGCCUGGGCUGCCCGAGGACACGCGGGGCCGGCUGCAGGCACUGCUGGCCCCCGAUGCAACCCGAGCGGCCGAGGUCCGGGCCGAGUGUGCCCGCAGCUUCGAGGGCAUCGUGCAGCGCCUGUGGCCGCAGCUGGAGGUGGUGGUGGUGGGGACGGCGUACAGCACAGAGCAGCACUACUGCGAUGCCCUCCGCCAGGCUGACUGCAAGGGGCUGCCAUUCUACUGCCCCUUCUACCAGGCGUCAGGAGCCCUGCUUGGUGUGAACCUGUGGCCACAGGAACCAACGCCCCGGUUCCUGCUGUGCCCCGACUGGGCUUUCUGUGAGUUCCUGCCCUGCCCAGCCGAGGAGGAGCCACGGACGGUGCUGCUGGAUGAACUCUGGGAGGGACGCGAGUACAGGCUGGUCCUGACGGCCCGGCCCGGAGAGUACAGGUGCCGUGCCGGGGAGGUGCUGAGGGUCACCGGCUUCCACAAGCAGUGUCCCAUGGUGGAGCUCGUGCGCAGGGAGAGUCAGGCACUGAGCGUGCGGGGUGAGAGCAUCCCUGAGGACCAAUUCUGCCGGAGCCUGUGCCGUGCCGUGGGCAUGUGGCCAGGUGCUCGCCUGGUGGACUAUGUCUGCGUGGAGAGCACCCUGCUGGGUGCAUCUUCGGGGGCUUGUGCCCCCCACUACGAGGUGUUCGUGGAGCUGCGGGGCCUGCGGGACCUGUCGGAGGGGCAGCGCUACAAGCUGGACCAGUGUCUCCAGGAGGAUUUCCCCAUCUAUAAAUCCUUCCGCUUCAAGGGCAGUAUCGGGCCCCUGCGCCUGCACAUGGUGGGGGCUGGAGCCUUCGCCCGGCUGCGGGACGCGCUGGGCUCCGCCAUCCCCAUGCCCAGGGUCCUGCGGGAGGAGCGGCUGCUGCAGCUCAUCCAGAACACCGUCAUCUCGUAGGGCAGCCCGGGGGUCCCGCAGCCCUCCUGCCUCUGGGGUCUGCUUGCCGUGUGCCCUCUGAGGAAUGGAGUGGGGCCAAGUCCCUGUUGGGAGGUGUGGGGGUGAGGGUGCCCAUCCCCGGACGGUUUGGCUGAGGGGAGCUGGUGGAGCCAGCGAGCUCAGCCGUGCCUCCGCUCUGUGGUGGUGGCAGGCACUGGUGGGCACCCAAUCAGUGCUGCCCGUGGGGGUGGGGCAGGACCUGCACCCCAGCCCUGGCGCCAGCCCCAGUCCCCUUUUGUGGGGCUGUUCUGUGUACAGGAUGGCACCAUGGGCACUUGUGAGCAUCAUGGAGCAGCUGGGUCCUGCUGCCACCAGCCAUGGCUCCUCCUGCUCCGCUCAGUGCCUUGGCAGCUGCGUGGGUGCCCAUUCCUUUCCCAAGGGACACCUUGGCUGUCACAGCCCAUGGCCAGCACGGGGAGGGGACAGUGCAAACCUCCCCAGGAGCCAGGAGGAGCCGAGGAGCUUUGAGCCCAUGGUUCAACCCAGCACUGAGCUCAGGGACCCUGUGGCAUUUUGUCCCCUGGCAGGGACACUGUGGGGAGGGCACAGGGUGGCAGGGGGUGGCAGGUGCCACGUCCACUGGGUUCCAGUGCACGUCUGCUGGUUUACAGAACAAUGAGCUCCAGCAGGGGCUGCUUUUAAUGGUUAAAAAUACAGAAGCAAAAUAAAGGAGGAUUAUCUCUCAAAAAUAAAUAAA